AUGGGGCCGCGGCACCUGCUGCUGCCGCUGCUCCUGCUCUGCCUGCAGCUCCUGGCCCUGCUGCUGCUGCCCGCGCAGGCGGCCGGGCCCCCCCGCGCCAAGGGCAACCGGACCCAGGGGGCGGCGGCGGCGCGGCGGACCCCCAAGCCGGGCAAGGAGCUCCUGAACCAGACGCUGGCGGGGCCCGGGGUCGCCGCCCCCACGGCGCUGCCCGGGCGCGGCAAAGGCGCGGGGGGCGGCAAGAGCCCCCCCGGGGGCGGGGGCGGCGGAGGGGGCUCGGCCCCGGCGCACGAGACGUGCUGGGGGUACUACGACGUGAGCGGGCAGUGGGACAAGGAGUUCGAGUGCAACAACAGCCUCACGGGCUUCCGCUACUGCUGCGGCACCUGCUUCUACCGCUUCUGCUGCAACAAGCGCGCCGAGAAGCUCAACCAGAGCUUGUGCCGCAACUACAAGAGCCCCGAGUGGGCCCACCCCACCACGGCCAGCGGAGCCCUGCCCGCCGACGGCGGCGACGGCGGCGACGGGGACGCCAACAAGUACGACCCGGACAAGGACAGCACCAACGCCACCGUCUACAUCUCGUGCGGGGCCAUCGCCUUCGUGCUCAUCGCCGGCGUCUUUGCCAAGGUGGCCUACGACAAGGCACGGCGCCCGCCCCGGGAGAUGAACAUACACAGGGCUCUGGCUGACAUCUUAAGGCAGCAGGGACCAAUCCCAAUAGGACACUGUGAAAGAGAGACUAUCUCAGCCAUAGAUACCUCUCCCAAAGAGAACACCCCAGUCAGGACCUCUUCCAAAAACCAUUACACCCCAGUGCGCACCUCCAAGAGCAACCCAGGUCACUAUGGAAAAGAUAUUUACCGAAGUGGAGGCCCAGAUCUCCAUAAUUUCAUCUCCUCCGGGUUUGUCACAUUAGGAAGAGGACACACGAAGGAACAGCCUGGUCAUGGAGGAGCUUGAGGGACACAGAGCAUCCCUAGGACAGGUUAGAACUCAGGGAAUCUGCUGAAAAACUUUAAGGAAUUUUAUUGAGCAACUCAUGGAUGUUCAGAAUUUUUGCAGUUUGGGAUAAGACUAAAUGUGGAAGAAAAUGAGAUAUCUUGUCCCCCUGAGGGCCCUUCCAGACCUCAAACCCUGCUUCAAAACAACUAAGUAAAGUUAAUAAAAUCCAGGGAAAUCUUUUCCUUGCUAUUUCUUUCUUAGAAAAGGAUAAAACUUUUUUUUUCCUGAAAAUUAGAAAAGAAAAAGAAAAGAAAUCUACCUUGACAGACACAUCCAGCAGGGAAGAGUUCAGGCUGAUUAAUUCAGUUUUUAAAGUCAUUAUCACCUAGAAGCAGGUUUUCACAAGAGUAGCUGCCAGACAAACUGAUAUUUGGGUUUUGUUAUUUAAACUGGCCUUAAUGAUUACUGGAAUCUCCUCUCCAAGAAUUCCCCCCCAGCACAAGGGGAAGCAUAAGGCAGCAGGAAAUGUUUUCACAGGUAUUUUGAGCCCUGAGUUGAGUCCUGCACUGCAGCACUGCCCUGAUUGCUCUGAUUGCUGCAAAUGGCACUGGAAUUCUGCAUUUUUCCAGAUGUAGCAGAUAUAGAUGUAAACACUUACUAGUUGCAUGGAUUUUUGCCUUUCAGUACCUGAAGGAAGCCUGCAGGAAAGAUGGA